ACGCCUUUAACCUUAGCAACAUGUUGUCGCAGGACACAAAAGGACACCUCGUACAAGACAAGCACAACCCAGACUUCACAUUUGUACUACUUGACGAUUUUCGUUGCGUUCCCUGAAAAAGUAGCAGAUAGAACACUGCCGAUCGUCCUGAGCUUCACGCUUUUAUAGGGGUACGGCAAAACCCUUGCCUUGCCGAGAGAACAGACAUUGUGACUUGUUUACCUUGCAGAAAUGCACACCUAUUAAAAGCGCUCUUUGGAUCUAGGCUAUACUGGGACAAACGCUAGCAGACUUUUCGAUCGUGUUUGAACUUUAUCGCUCUGCUUUUCUCAGCGUUGACCGCCUUUGGUUGGCUCAGAUCAUACAUUUCUAGUCCUUCGGUAAAUCCAGUUGCUUGUGUUGCAUUGAAUUUCCUUGGCAGCACACGGCGGGGGAAAUCGCGUCACUGGCGCGGCUAAUCGCCGUAUGCGAUUCCAGCAUCAAUGUGGAGUAACAGGGCGCAGACUAGGACUGACAGCUUGGAGCCAGGAACAAGCGGUCGCUAUCCGGAGCGUAUGAUUGAUCAGAUUCCAUCAAACUAUCCAUGUGCAAAGUUAAAGCUUGACCAGUUCUUCCUACAAUGGCUAUCGGAGCACCAAGACCUGGUCUCAAGCCUAGUCGACGACAUACAGGCGGGUCGACCCAUACAUGCCCCGUCCCAGCCGGUGGGCCCCUCGCCGCUGUCGCCCUCAACCUCCCACAUGAUCUUCUCCUCCACGCCCCCCCUGUCUCCCUCCAAAACCCGGUCACCCGGCACGCCGCUGUCGCCCGCCCGGAGAUCCGCCUCCAACCUGGGGGGGAGCGGACCCAAGCGGGGCCCCCUGGUGUCCAUCCCCCAGUUCUACUUCCCGCCCGCCCCGCCCGCCCCCUCCGCCGCCGCCACGGGGCUGCUCCCCCCCGGCGCCCCGCUGGCCCCCGCGCACCGCGACUUCCUCACCCGCCUGGAUCCGCACUUCGAGACGUGCGGGGGGCCGGGGGGGAUGCCGCAGAAGGCGUUUGUCAAGAUGAUGCAAGAGGUGUGCGAGCUGCCCUCCAUGGUGGCCUACGCGCUGUUCAAGCGGCUGAGCGGGUGCGAGGCGGGCGAGGAGGAGGGCGGCGCGGUGCCGCGGGAGGCGCUGCUCAAAUUCUGGACGGGGCGGGGGCUGGUGGGGGCGCCGGCGGCCAAGAGGGCGUUCGAGUGCCUGAGGCCGGAUGGGCGAGAUUACCUGCUGUUCUCCGACCUGUGGCCGCUGAUGGAGUGCGUGCUGCGCUACCACCCGGGGCUGGAGUUCCUGGCGGACACGGCGGAGUUCCAGCGCAAGUACGCGGAGACGGUCAUCCACCGCAUCUUCUACACGCUGAACAAGUGCGGCAGCGGGCGGCUGACGUUCCGCGAGUUCCGCGGCGGGGAGCUGAUGGAUGCGCUUUACGCACUGGACCGGGAGAACGACAUCAACAAGAUCCUCAAGUUCUUCUCCUACGAGCACUUUUACGUCAUCUACUGCAAGUUCUGGGAGCUGGACCAGGACCACGACUUCCUGCUCGACAAGAACGACCUGGCGCACUACUCCAACUGCGCGCUGUCGUACGUCAUCGUGGACCGCAUCUUUGAAGAGGCCCCGCGCAAGUUCAAGGCCGGCACCCCCCCCGGCAAGAUGUGCUACGAGGACUUUGUGUGGUUCAUCCUGAGCGAGGAGGACAAGACUACCGACACGGCGCUUACCUACUGGUUCAGGUGUGUCGACCUGGACGGUGACGGAGUGAUCCGGCCCCGUGAGAUGCUGCACUUCUACGAGGAGCAGCUGCGGCGGCUGGAGGGUUGGAACCAGGAGGUGGUGCAGUUCGAGGACCUGCUGUGUCAGCUGCACGACAUGCUGGCUCCCGCGGUGGAGGGGCAGUUCACGCUGCGCGACCUGAAGCGCCAGAAGCCGCACUCGGGGCUCUUCUUCUCCGCGCUCUUCUCGCUGCACAAGUUUGUCAGCUUCGAGAACCGCGACCCCUUUGCUCAGCGGGCGGAGGCGGCGGAGUUUGCGGGCAUGUCGGACUGGGACAAGUUUGCCAAGAUCGAGUACUUUAGGCUGGCCAGCGAGGAUGACCCGGGCGACCAGGGGGGUGGUGGCAUGGAUGCGGAGGAGGGGCUGUGAGCGGUGGCAGGGGGGGCGGCAGGGGGCGGGGGCAGUGACAGUAGCAGCAGCGGGCUGGCGGGAUUGGGGAGGAGCGCUGGGGGCGGUCUGCGCGCUGCCGGGCGAACUGCGGAGUGAGGGUCAGGGUCGGGGAGGAGGCCACGGGCAGCUGACGGUUGCAUGGUAUUGCAAUUGGAGAUUGGGGGACACGAAGAGUAAUAAGUUGAAGGAGGCGGCAGAGCAAGGGUCUGUGGGAGGCACCACGACCCAUGGGUCGGUGCCGCCUUCGUCGACCAUCCCGCAACCAUUACAGGCAUUAGGAUUUUGUGGGCACAUGUGUCCAGGAACGGCAGGGUGAGGCCCUAACGAGCGUAGGUGGAGAAAGACGAGGAGCCGCAGUGGUCCUGUGUUCUUGUGGUUAGCAUCAGACGCUCGAGUAUCGAAGGAAGAUGAAGGAAGUAGGGCCUUCCUUGUAGGAACGAUCAACAGUACAGAGUGUAGUGGUGCAGCGUACAUGCAUGCAAGCUAAGCUAGCCAAAUUGCUAGCUAGGACACCGAGUGAUGCAUAGUAUCCAGGUCAGGGUGCAGGCGAAAAGUGAAUUAGGUAGGUAAACCCGGAUGGCACGUCCAAAGGUUAAGCGGAAGGAGGCGAAAACGCGUUUUCGGGACCGCCAGGUUGUUUCUCCCAUGGGUCACUUUCCAGAUUUGGG